UAAAUGGGCGUUAUACGCGAUUCAAUAUAGAAUAAUACAGUUCUUCAACAAUGAUUGUGUUACUGCUAAUUGCAAGCGUAGCCACAAUAACUGCGGCUACAAAUGAAGAGACAACUUCUCAUACUCAUAUCAACCCAGAAUAUCUGAAACCACGUGAAGAAUACUACAAACCUAUUCUUUAUCAUCCCAGAGAAGAACAUGAAACCGGAAGAUACCACAACAACUACUAUGGACACUAUGCUGGCGAUUACAACAGUCAUUACGGGAACAACAUACGACAUGGGUACAGCCCCUAUUUAGAACAUAAAAUGAAUACAGAACAAAUCUAUGGAAAUCAUAUUCCUGUAAACAGGGAGCCUUAUUUUAUCCCCCAUAACCCAUCAGUUUAUAUACCUAAUCAUAAAUAUGGAUAUAUCCCGGCGAAAGAGGCAUAUCACAACGUCAGUCCUUACCUAGAACGCAAGGUGGACAGUUAUGCUUAUAAUCAAGGCUACGGGUAUGACUUCAGGCCCUAUUAUUCACACACCCCAGCCUAUUAUCCAGUACACAAACAAGUGUGAAGAUUGAUC